GUGGCGGUGAAAGAAUAGUAGCGCUGUCCUCGUAGGACACUGAGGACAGCAUUAAUCCGAACGGAAAUGGCAACUGCUCUCAGUAGCCGAUAUCCUGGUGGACGUGGACCAAAUAGAAGUAAGGGGCGAAUUUUAGGCAUCAUUGAUGCCAUCCAGGAUGCAGUGGGGCCACCCAAACAAGCAGUUGCUGACCGGAGGACUGUGGAAAAAACUUGGAAGCUCAUGGAUAAAGUUGUGCGGCUCUGCCAAAAUCCCAGACUCCAACUGAAAAACAGUCCACCAUACAUCCUGGAUAUUUUACCUGAUGCCUACCAACACCUGCGGGUCAUACUAGGCAAAUAUGAAGAGAACCAGAUGAUCAUACAGCUUAGUGAGAAUGAUUACUUUAACAUCUACAUUGAUAGCCUUAUGAAGAAGUCCAAACGAGCUAUCCGGCUCUUCAAAGAGGGAAGAGAGAGGAUGUACGAGGAGCAGUCACAGGACAGGAGGAACCUGACCAAGCUGUCUCUGAUCUUCAGUCAUAUGCUGGCAGAAAUCAAAGCAAUCUUCCCUGGUGGACAGUUCCAAGGAGACACGUUCAGGAUUACCAAAGCUGAUGCUGCUGACUUCUGGAGGAGAUUUUUUGGUGAAAAGACAAUAGUGCCAUGGAAAGUCUUCCGUCAGUGCCUUCAUGACAUACAUCCCAUCAGCAGCGGUCUGGAGGCUAUGGCUCUCAAAUCCACCAUUGACCUCACCUGCAAUGACUACAUUUCUGUGUUCGAGUUUGACAUCUUCACACGCCUCUUCCAGCCUUGGGGAUCGAUUCUGAGGAACUGGAAUUUCCUAGCGGUGACACACCCUGGCUAUAUGGCCUUCCUUACUUAUGAUGAAGUCAAAGCUCGACUGCACAAGUACAUCAACAAGCCUGGCAGAUCGAACACCUGUGUGUUGUGUUGUUUGGGGUCCACCUUACAGAAGACACAGACUCUGUUUUACAUCUUCAGACUGAGUUGUACACGUUUGGGCCAAUGGGCCAUUGGCUAUGUGACCUCUGAUGGAAACAUACUGCAGACCAUUCCCAACAACAAACCGCUGUUCCAGGCGUUAAUCGAUGGCUACAAGGAGGGCUUCUACUUAUUCCCAGAUGGUCGCAGUUACAAUCCUGACCUCACUGGUUUAUGUGAGCCGACACCUCACGAUCACAUCAAAGUCACACAAGAGCAGUAUGAGCUGUACUGUGAAAUGGGCUCUACCUUUCAGCUUUGUAAGAUCUGUGCUGAGAAUGACAAAGACAUCAAGAUUGAACCAUGCGGUCACCUCAUGUGUACUUCCUGUCUUACUGCCUGGCAGGAAUCAGAUGGCCAAGGAUGCCCUUUCUGUCGCUGUGAGAUCAAAGGCACAGAGCCCAUUAUUGUGGAUCCCUUUGACCCACGAAAUGAGGGCACCAAGUGCUUCUUCCUGGACCAACAAAGCUCCCCCUUGCUGGACCUGGAUGAUGAGGAAGACCGAGAAGACUGUCUUGUCAUGAAUGGACUGGCCAACAUCAGGAAGCAAUGUGGUGAGCAUCAGAAAUCGCCAAUGGUGUCGCCCAGUUCUUCACCUGUCAGCCAACACAAAAAAACCCAUGGGGGAAACUCCAGCCAAUGUGUCCAGCACCUCAGCCUCCCACCUGUCCCACCACGACGUGACCUUAUCAACAAAGGUGCCAUUCGCUCCCCAUCUGCCAGUCCCACCUGCUCCCCCAAGUCUUCACCAGGCAUAUCUAGGAAGCAAGACAAGCCUCUUCCAGCCCCACCUCCUCCACAGAGGGACCCACCACCACCUCCUCCUCCUGAGCGUCCUCCUCCUGUCCCCCCUGAAUCACACCACUCUUCGCUCCCCAGUUCCUCGUACAUGUCCUCUUCUUCUACAGGCAUGCUGUCAGAAUUCCAAAUUUCCUCUGAGACUUGGUGCUCCAAAGACAGCCAUUUGACAGAUGCACACAAGACUGGAGGGGAACACCAACUCCAGCUGGGACCCACUGUGCCUUGUCACUUGAACAGAAGACCACUCAGUUGUCCAUCUGCGGAAUUCGCGAGGUUACAUCAAAGGUUGGACGGGGCAGGAAAUUCAGAGAGCUCCAAGCCCUUCUGUAAUGGCGAGCAAGUCAGUGAUGAGUACGACAUCGUUCCCUCACGGCAGUUGCCAACUCAGUCCAAACUUGGUAGUAGCCACAAAUCCUCCAACCCUUUUAGCAGCCCUGUGUUAGAACAACAUCAGAGGGCAAUGGAAGGACCGGAGGGCAACUGUCACAUUCCUUCAUCCAUUCUGUGCCUGAGUCAGACUCCUGUCUGCAUCACUGUAGCAAGCAGGUCCUUGGAAAAUAGCCCUCCAGAUCUGUCCUUUGAGGAGGAGAAGCCCCGGUCCCUUGGGCCUGAGAGAGUUCCUGAAGAGAGGAAAUCUCCUGCAGGAUUUGACAAC